GGUGGAGGAGAGGGGACAUGGCUGGGUGACAACUGAGGUACGCAGCAAAGCAAACAGUACAUAUGUUUUUCUACUCAAGGGCUGGUGGGAACUGCUGAUGCAUCUGCCAAAUUACUUCAAAGGAGAUGGGCGUAGUAGUGUCCAGAGUGAAUACCAGUUGUAGAUCGGCCUCCAGGGAGCCUGUCAACACAUCCCAAAUGGUGAGCUGCAUCUGUGACAGAGCGGUCAAUGGUACUGACAGCGACCUCUCCUCCAUCAUACCUAUUCAGAACAAAGUAGUGUGCAGACCGGAGGAGGUGCUGGUUCCCGCUCUUCCAGUGACAGCUUUUGUAGAGAAAGGCUACAUCACCCCGCAGCAAGUGUACAACCUGCUGAGUGCAGAGGAAGGCCAGCCAGCUUUGUAUGAUCCUUACUAUAUUCUCAUCCUGGACUGUCGCAGCACAGAAAGGUACGAAGACAGCCACGUGGUGACAGCACGGGCCGCUGUGACGGUGAUCCACCCUGUGCUGGGGUGUCUCAUCAGCUGUGUUGAGCUGCAGAAGUAUUCUAUAAUCCUGUUGUAUGCAGAGGAGGGAUGUAGCCCAGUGGGCAGUGUGAAGGCCAGGACAGACUCACCAGAACUCCAGCGAUGUUUCUUCCAGCUCAGUCAUUUGGGGAUGGACCCUGUUAUCUUGCUAGGGGGAUUCUCAUCCUUUUAUUCCCUUUACCCUUUUCUGUGCACACAACGUAUGGUCCUGCUGGAACCUGAGCGGCACACACUUACCAUCUACCCCUCAGAGAUCCUUGAAGAAGCUCUCUACCAGGGCUCUGCCUCCCAGGCCUCUGACUACCGCAUCAUCAAGAAUCUACACAUCACGCAUGUAGUCAAUGCCACUGCCAACUGCCCUGAUGCUUUCCCCAACACGCUGUGCUACCUGAGGCUGUGUCUGAGCGAUGACGCCCAGCAGGACCUGGUGAAGGCACUGCCACUGGCCUCCAGGUUCAUCAGCUCAGCCCUGAUGGCUGAACCUGCCGGCCGCGUUCUUGUCCACUGUAGCAUGGGCAGGAGUCGGAGCUCUGCACUUACGUUGGCUUUUCUCAUGGAGCAUCGCCGCUGGUCACUGAUACAUGCCCUCCGCUGGUUGAAGGAGAGGAGGGCUUGCACGGCCCCAAACGUGAACUUCCUGCGUCAGCUGCUGACCUAUGAGGAGCUGCUUUUUGGGAGCAGACUCACCUCCCUCAACGACAUCUGCAGAUGACAGUCGUGAGAAUAGGGAUUAAAAGGAGGAAACACUGGACGAUUUUUUCCACCUUAUAGUCAACAUUGAGGGAAAGUAAGCUGAGACUGAAGAAAAAAAGGUGGAUUUUGAACCGCAAGAGACUAUUCAAGCCUGGAUAGGAGUAUUUCCCCCACAAGUUAAAAAAUAACCUUGCUUUACGAUCAAACCCACACACUGUGCUAUGCCUCAAAUACAACAAUAAUAACAUGUUUCAUUUUAUGUAUGACUCAGCAUAAUAUAUUUCCUGUUAUGACAU